AUGAAGUUCUUUCACUCUAUUGCUUUGGCCACAUGCCUUCUUGGCGCCUUGAGCCUUGCUGCCCCUGUUGCUAAUGCUGCUGUCGAGGCGAGGCAAUUCAAGUAUGGAUUCGCAUUCUUGACUCCCGAAGAGGCUGAAGCUGCCGCCUCAGAGGUAGAGAAGCGCGAUCUCGACAAGAGACAGUUCAAGUAUGGCUUCGCUUUUCUCACACCAGAAGAUGCCGAAGCUGCCGCCGCUGAUGCCAACCGUGCCGUGGAAAAGAGGCAGUUCAAGUACGGCUUCGCCUUCCUGACCCCAGAGGAGGCCGAGGCCGCUGCUACGGAGACAGAGAAGCGCGGUCUAGACAAGAGACAAUUCAAGUACGGCUUCGCCUUCUUGACCCCGGAGGAAGCGGAGGCAGCUGCCGCCGACGCUGAGAAGCGAAAUGUCGAGAAAAGACAAUUCAAAUAUGGAUUCGCUUUCCUUACCCCGGAAGAUGCCGAAGCUGCCGAAGCUUCAACAGCAGAGGCUAGCACUUAG